CGGUGGUGACCACGUGGUAGGUGACCACGUGUUCGCAGCACCAUGGCGUCGGCCCCCAAGAGGCGCAAGGCGGCUGCCGGGAGCAGCGCCCGGGGGAAAGGCAGCGCCGACCCCCUCUCCGGCUUCCUGGCAUGGUGCGGGCGGGCCGGGGUGGAGCUCAGCCCGAAGGUCCGGCUGAGCAGGGAGGGCGCGGUGGCGGGGUACGGCAUGCUGGCCGCCGAGGAGCUGGAGGCCGGAGAGGUCCUGUGCACCGUCCCGCGCAGCGCGCUGCUCUCCCAGCACACCUGCUCUAUCCAGGCGCUCCUGCGGGAAGGCCAGGAGGCCCUGCAGAGCCAGUCUGGCUGGGUGCCGCUCCUGCUGGCCCUGCUGCACGAGUACACAGCCAGCAACUCCCCCUGGCAGCCGUAUUUCUCUCUCUGGCAGAACUUCAGGAGCCUGGAUCACCCCAUGUUCUGGCCUAAAGAGGAGCGAACAAGGCUCCUGCAGGGCACAGGCAUCCCAGAAGCUGUGGACAAAGACCUGGCCAACAUCCACCUGGAGUAUAGCUCCAUCAUCCUGCCCUUCAUGGAGUCCCACCCCAACAUCUUUGACCCCAAACGGCAUACACUGGAGUUGUACAAGGAGUUGGUGGCAUUUGUCAUGGCCUACAGCUUCCAGGAACCUUUGGAGGAGGAAGAUGAAGAUGAGAAGGGGCCCAAUCCUCCCAUGAUGGUGCCUGUAGCAGAUAUUUUGAACCACGUGGCCAACCACAACGCCAACCUGGAAUACUCUCCCCAAUGUUUACGGAUGGUCACAACACAGCCCGUCACCAAAGGGCAAGAGAUUUUCAACACAUACGGGCAGAUGGCCAACUGGCAGCUCCUACACAUGUACGGCUUUGCAGAGCCGUACCCGGGCAACACCAAUGACACGGCCGACAUCCAGAUGGUGACAGUACGCAAGGCAGCACUGCAGCGUGCCAGAAGUGAAGCACAGCAGCAGCUGGUCUCAGAGCAGUGGGACUUCUUGUGCCAGCUGGAGAUGGUGGGGGAGGAAGGUGCCUUUGUGCUUGGCUGGGAUGAGGUGCUAACAGAGGAAGAGCUGUUUGUGACCCUGAAGGUGCUGUGCAUGUCAGAAGAAGAAUUCAAGGAGUAUAAGGAACAAGAUGGCUGGGAAGAUGACAGCGAGGAAGAGGAAAACACUGUCCUUUCUAACGAGUCUCUCUCCAGACUUAAAACCCCUUGUAAGAAGCUCCUUUAUGACAGUGUGCUGUUGACCCUGGAGUCCUACGGGUCAGACUUGAAAGCAGAGCAGGACUUGCUAAAUAACAAGGAGAUUUAUGAGAAACUGAGUCGAAGGGAGCAGCAAGCUUUGCAUGUGCGCUAUGGACAGAAAAGGAUCUUGCAUCAGCUGCUAGAGCUGGUACAUUAGAAACCUCGCUGCCUCGGGAAUGAACUGCCCGGACUGUGCGCAGGAAGGGAAGGUCAGACACCUGUGCUACAGCAGCGAGAACGUGUGGCAUGAUUGAAUACAAGCCCACUUGUCCCUCAAAUGGCAUGUGGCUUUUUAGCUACCUCUACAUAAAUAAUCUUCCACAACACAAAA